UUUGCUUUCCCUCAAAAGCCUAUAAGCCUAUUCCCGAAUUCAUAUAUACGAAUUCCAACUAUGACAAGUCUCCAAGAUGCUGCAAACACACCUUUCUCAUUUUCAGGCUACUACAUCUCAAAUUACGACAUUUCCCUCCUACCAGGACAACGUUGGGAGGGUAUUCAAUCCCACGACGUUGCAGCCGCUCAGGGAUUUGCGAAUACCUGCCACCAGUGUGGAAAAUCUUACAAACACACGUAUCACUUGAAGCGUCACCUCAAGUACGAGUGUGGCCAGCACAGAAGAUUCUGCUGUUGCUAUUGUUCCCAUAGAGCUAAGCACAAAGAUCAUAUUCAGAAACAUAUUGCGAAUAAGCAUAGGAACAAACCCAUUAAGUACAGCGUCGAUGAAUGAGCUGUCUUUGUAAUAUGUGUGGAUUUGUAUGUAUGUGGUGUGUCUGUCAUGGGGAUAUGGAGUUGUGAUCUAAACCUUUGUGAUGCAAGAUUUACAUUCAGUAUUGUACAUAUUUCCAUUGCUUCACGUGUACGUUCGUUCAAAAUAAGAACAAAUAUAUUUUCGUCUGAAAUCGUCA